AUGGUUACCACCGGCAAGUCGCACCCGGGUGUCGAUCCCCUGCACCGGCUUCCACCCACCGCUGCCCCCCCUGAGACUAUUGCAACCUCGCCGCCGUCGAAACGUGAUUUGGCUUCCUGGUGGAGACAAUUCAAGAGAAAUACUAGAAAGGAGGAACCAAAAGAGAAACCCCAGGGUAUAUUCGGCAUCCCCCUCAACGUCAGCAUUAAGUACGCCAACGUCGCCAUUUCCCUUACCAACGACAACGGCGAGAGCUUCAUCUACGGAUACGUCCCCAUCGUGGUCGCAAAGUGUGGAGUUUAUCUAAAAGAGAAAGCGACCGACGUUGAGGGCAUCUUCCGUCUGAGUGGCUCUGCAAAGCGCAUCAAAGAUCUUCAGGAAAUCUUCGACUCCCCCGAACGGUAUGGAAAGGGCUUGGAUUGGACUGGCUACACUGUGCAUGAUGCUGCGAACGUUCUUCGGCGCUAUUUGAACCAGCUGCCCGAACCCAUUGUCCCGCUCGACUUUUACGAACGGUUUCGCGAACCCCUACGCACGUAUCAACGACAGGUCCAGGAACAGAUUCAGAACAACGCCCCGCCCGCGGAAACGGAGGCCUUCGACCAUGCUAAAGCGGUCGCGGCUUACCAACAGUUGAUCCGCGAGCUACCCCCGUUGAACAAACAGCUGUUGCUCUACAUUCUCGACCUGCUGGCUGUCUUUGCGUCCAAGUCGGAUCAGAAUCGCAUGACGUCGGCCAAUCUGUCUGCCAUCUUCCAACCAGGGUUGUUGUCGCAUCCGCAGCACGACAUGUCUCCAGACGAAUACAAGUUGAGUCAGGAUGUCCUCAUUUUUCUGAUUGAGAACCAGGACCACUUUUUGUUUGGUAUGAACGGCACUGCCGCCGACGAGCAGACGGUCAAGGAGGUCGAAGGAGGUCUGGCCCGCCGGCCCACCACUCAUUCCAAUGUUCGACGCUCGGUGUCGAGUGCCAGUGGCGGUGCGGAGAGCUUCCGAAAGUAUGGAAGUUUGCGCCGGAAUGUGUCUGUCUCAUCGAAGAAUUCGCGCAACUCCAAUGCUGCAAGCCCUGCAACACCGACCUCAUUGGGCGGUGUUGGGGUACAUCGCAGCAAUACUUUGCCGUCCAAGAUGACGCCCGUGAUUCCUCCAUCACGAUAUGGACGAGCGGUGGAGAACACAGGGGUCAACUCAUCGGCACACACGUCUGCGCAACACUCGCGGGCGUCCAGCCGUGCGCCUGCGCCUGCCGAGGACACCCCUCAGCCUCCUCAACCUCAGCCCCAGCCUACUCAAACUCAGCCUGCUCCUCAACCUCAGAUUGCUCCUCAAACUCAGCCUGUCCCUCAGCCCCAGAUUGCUCCUCAGCCCCAGGUUGCUCCUCAGCCUCAGGCUCAGGUUCCUGAAGCCCCGGUUACACCCCAAACCCAGAUUGCCCCCCAACCUCAGCCUGCGCCCCAACCUCAACCUGAGUUGCCUCAGACCAAUGUUCAGGUGAGCCCUGCACCUAACCAGGAUGCUCAGGGCACUCCGCCACCCACAAAUGGUCAAGGCUCCAUAACAGAGGUGGUAGAGCCAGGGACUGGGAUUGUCUAUGUCCACUCGUCCACACACGGGCCCGUACCAAAGAGUGCGCUUGAAAAUGGGAAUGGGGUUGGCGAUACGGGGAAGCCUACGGCACACCCCAGUGUGGAGAAGCCAGCUGUUGUACAGCCGACUAUCGAAAAGCCAGUUGUUCAGCAGCCCAUCGCUCAAAAGCCCGCUCAGGCGCCCAUUGCGGAGAGGCUGAUGGCAGAGAGGCCUAUCCCACACCCUGAACAAGGGAGUACAGAGAAGCUUGUCGGUGACAGGCCUAUCCUGCGGGAAGGACUGCCACCCAUAGCUGCUUCACCCCCGCCGGCGGUGGUGACGCCGACGCGGGAACGCAAGCUUUCGAGUCUGUUCUCCAAGUCACCACCACCAAGUGGUGAGCAUAAAGAGCCGCGACAGCCAAACCGCUUGAAGAAGAAGCGAAUCCCUGGCAGCGCGAGUGAAAGUGCGCAAAGCUCGUCUCAGUCGCUGCAGGCUGCGACAUCUGAUACUGGAUUAGCAGCGAUCCUGCAUGCUUCUCGACACGCGGAGGCCAACAAUGAUGCUGGAGGAGCGACGCCGCGAGCUCCUAACACUACGAGUUCCGAUGAUAUGAGCCCGCCACGAGAAGGCAGGCCGGAGAAGCAGCUGUUGCCGCACGAAGGUGGACAGCAGGCGGGCGACACAUCGCUGCGGCCGUAUGGCUCACGCACUCCGUCGAUGAACUCCCGGUCAUCGUUCACCGACUACUCUGAUGCUGACCCUACCGAUGAUGCGGCGCGAGCGGAGCGCAAGGAGCAUCGCCGCAGUUGGCGGUUCCCGCGCUCGUCCAAACGCAGCAACGAACACAUUGGCUUGGGACUUGCGUCGCCACCGCUGAUGGCCACCACACCUGGCGCCGACCGAAGCACCAGCUCGAUUGGCAGUUGGCAUCACUCGAGCAGGAGCUCACCUUCGGAUCUGCAGCAAUUUGCGAGCGAUCCGUCCUAUCAACCUCUGAGUCUCGACGCCGAAGUCAGCAACAACGGGGCCGCCAAGGACGCUUCUUUCGUGGAACCCGAGAAGCGCAGCCUGUUUGGCAAGUUCAAAGCCAAGGUUGCACAGGUGCGGGAUGGUGUCAAGGAGUCCACCGAGCGGGACCGGACGCGAAGCCCUGUAAACUCAGAAGCCGACCUGUCGGUGUCGAGUCACACGCUGUCACCAUCUGGCAAGGAUAGUCUGCGAAACCGACCUGCUCCGAUCGACGUGACUAGCUAUCCUAAAGAGGGACAAAUAAGUUCACCGGUCUCUCCACUGCCGGGUUCAGGACUGCCUCCGGCAAUCCCUGAAGAGCCACGGACACCGGAGAGCCCUGUUGCGGUGCCUGGCUUAGAGCAGAAGCAAGAGCCCGUGGCCGUGCCCGUUGCCUCUCCACCAGUAGAGACGGAGGGAACGGACGCUGGACCGGGGCCUGCUGUACCCUCAUAG